CUGAAAGGAGGGAGAUCCGUCAGCAUUUGUUUCCUCAGGAUGUGGUUACCACGACGACGAAAAGGCAGCGAGGCAACAUCACUACCCUGGUCCCCUCUGACACCUGCAAGAGUGUAUAUGACUGUGUGAAAGUCAGAGUGUGUGUGUGUGUGUGUGUGUUUCAGUGAGGAACUGAGUGAGUAAAUGAGUGUGAGCAUGUGUCUGUUUGUGAAAAGUGCGUAUGUGGUCUGUGUAUGAUGUUAAUGUGUGUGUGUGUGUGUGUGUGUGUGUGUGUGUGUGUGUGUGUGUGUGUGUGUGUGUGUGUGUGUGUGUGUGUAUAUGUAUGUGUGUGUGUUGGCCGGGUAAGAGAGACAGAUAGGAAGCACAGUGCGAGAGGCAAAAUCUAAACGGGGAAAUUAUCAGACAAGCACAAGACAGCGAAGAGUGGAAAAUCAUUAAAAUACAGAAGAACACCAUGAAGAAAAUAAGAAGAACAACGACCGGGACUCGAAAACAUGAACACCACAAGACGAAUAUAUGCAAAAAGGAAAUUAAGCGCCGAGGACUGGUAAAAAAAACCCAAAAAACAUCUACCGUGCCUUCUAGCUUUACCUUGCUAGCUAUCAUGGAUGACCAUUCCGCCACCCAAUCCUUCCACAACCACAACCACAACCACAACCACCACCAAACACAGUUACCCUCCUUUCACCUCGCCUUGCCCAGCCUCCAGAGCAUUGAAGUGGGAUAUCUGUCCUCUCGGCAUGCCCUGGAUCCUCUGAGGCAAUAUGGAGGUAGAGAAGAGGAUUCCAAAACCUCCUUCAACGCCUAUCCCAACGAAAGGAGGGGUAGCAGUGGAGAUGGCAGAGGCUUGCUGAAUGCAAGUGGUGGCAGUUUGGAUGUAAACUCGGGAGGCCAUUUUGAUGGAGAAAACGUUCGAGGCGGCAAGUUCAGUGACACUUUGUUUGGCGUUUGCAAAAAAGAGGAGGUUUGGGAGGAUGGGGAGAGUUGUGAAAGCGCUGCAGACCAUUUUAACAGUGACGGAGGUUGCUACAAUCACACAAACAACUUUUUCUACACUUCGAAUUGUGGCAGUGAAGUCAACAAAGUAAACUAUAAUAAUUGUGUCGACGCUAGCUAUGAAGCUAAACGGGAAACAGUUCACAGCAGUGAGGCUAACGUUAGCCACCCUUUUAGACAAACAGCUUCCUACAUCAAGAGUGAACCAGGGAUAUGUAGUGAUGACCGUGUAAAUUAUUGUAGGACUGAUUCGAGAGUUAGUGAUAAUUAUUUAGGAAGAGAGGAGGAUUUUGGGUCCAGCUGUGGCUCAGGUGAGGAUCAGCAACAACUAGCAGAGGUUGAGGGAGCCUGGCAGAGUGUCUCCCCCUUCAGUCAGACCGAAGAAGGCCGGUGGAGAGGAACAGAAGCCACCUCCUCAGGAUGCCCAUCCCAAAGAUCACCUUUAGGAAUCAUGAGUGGGAUGCACACUCAGAAACUGGACUCUUUCUCUGAAGCUUUCCUCUCCCAACGAAGGAUGAGGUUCCCCAAGAUUCCCAUUGGGGAUUCCUCUCAACAGAUCUGGGGUUUUGGAGACCGGGGAGAUGAAAAACACAGCUUUGCUUUUGAUUCAGACUCCUACCUGCCUCCCUCCUCUUCUUCAUCACCCGCUCACCCCACUCUUCCAUCCUUUCCCUCUCCUCCCACAUCUUCUCACCUCAUGUCUUCAGUUCUUAGCCCGCCUCCAACACCUCUACCUGCUUCUUCCAAUUCCCCUUCAAAAAUGGACUCUCCCAUUGCAUCUGGGGGCUAUGGACAUUCAUUGCCUCAGGGGGGAGAACCAAUUGGUGCACUCCAGUUUUUUGCCUCCCACCUUCAGUGUUUCCCAUCUGUCCAUACUGCUGGGAAGUUAUGGAAGUUUCCACUGCCGUCGCAUUGCUUUCCACAGUCAUCAGGAGACAACAGCAACAUGACAUAUUCUCAUGCAAGAGACUAUGGCAACAUUACAGUCUCGCACAGCAUCCCUCCUUAUCCACAAUCGUCAUUCCACACUUCCUCUACGGACCAGCCAUCAUUUACCCCGAUCAGAACCCUCCGUCCACCUAACACUGCAUCCCUCCAUUCGUCCCCUCAUCUUUCCUCUCAUCCAUCUCAUCUUUCCAGUCAACAUUAUGAGGCAGCAGAAAAGACCACACAUCACAUGAUGACCCAGCAAGUAAAAAAUGGGCUCAUCAUUCUGAACCAAUCACAGAAACAAGCCUCCAAGGCAUACUCUGGAACUCCGUUUCCCAGUAUCCUUCACUCCACAAGGGAUCAGAUAAGGGGUCACUACACUCCACGACCCCUGCUCAAUCCUGCACGCAGAGGGAAGGGGCUCUACUCCUGCCAGUCGUCUCUCCAUCACAGAGAGCAGGAAGCGGCAGCAGAUGAGAAGGAUGAGUGUGCUGUUUUUCCGUAUGUCAACGUGGGUCGUGAUUUCCAGGCAGAGCUCCCUCCAUGUUUUGUAGAUGGCAAAGGGUCAGAGGUGUGGUCAGCAGAGGAGGAAUCCCUCAGGGAACAGCUGCUCUGGAAACCAUGGGGCAAGCUGGAUGCCAGUACUGACACACAAGACCAAGUGGAGAAGCUGUUGUCCAUGUGCAGUUCUAGCUGCUUACCAGGAGGGGGCAGCAACACAGAGCUGGCGCUGCACUGUCUGCACUACUGUCAGGGGGACAUAAAGGCCACAAUGGAGAUGCUGCUGUUCUCACAGCCGUUACCUACAGGAGACUACCACUACUCUGGUAGUGAUUUGUGGUCGGAUAGCGAAAAAAAACGUUUCAGUGCAGCGCUGGAAACCUAUGGAAAAGACUUCUCGCUCAUACAGAAACUGGUGAGGACUAAAACCACAUUCCAGUGUGUUGAAUUUUACUACCUAAGCAAGAAGCUCCUGGACAAGCAGAAGAAACUGAAGGCAGAGGCGAGCAGAGAUGGAGAAAUGGAGCAGCAAAAAAGCGUAACGCCCAUCUGUCGGCCAGUGGACAGACAGUAUGGUCUUCAGGAGGCGGCUCCUGUGCCCUCAUUGGCUAAUUUCUUCCCCUGCAAGCUGUGUGGCAAAAUGUUCUAUAAAAUCAAGUCUCGUAAUGCGCACAUGAAGAUCCACCGCCAGCCUCAGGAGGACUGGACUGACAGGCGGCUUCAGCAACAGAUCCUCACCCAGCGUCUGAUUCUGAGUAGUCCCAACAACUUCAUUGCCACCCCGGGCAGUGCUCUGCAGCAGCCCCAGCCGCCAUGUCUGACCGUUGCCUCCUCUAUCCCACCUGGAACACCAAACAACAUCAACAACGCAGACAAUGUCCUUAACUCUAUAUCAAACAGGAACGCCAGUGUCUCAGAUCAAAGCACCGUGGUGACUUACAGCAACAUCUCUGAUGCAAACUCUCAUGUUAGCAAUCAUUUUCAAGAAGCAAAUCAAGAAGAGUCCACCUCUGUCUUACCUUUCCAUCAGUCAUGGGGCUCAUUUGGACAUGGCACUAGCCAAGCUACCUUUUACUACAACACAGAAGGGAAAGAGGACGUGGGAGAUGGGACAGUGGAGGUAAAAGAGGGGAUCAACUGGCAGUAGUGUCUGACUUUCCAUGAGCAUUACUGCCACUGAGGUUACAGACUUAACAAUUCAACUCAAACUAAGUUUAAUUCAAACUUCUGUGUUUUUUACAAACUUAUUUUUGGAAAACAUCGGGGUUUUUUUAAAUUAAAUUUAAAGAUUUUUUCUGUUAUUGUUUAUUUCAUUUGUUGUAUAUUUAAUUGUUUUUGUGCAUGCAACAUUUGGAUCAUUUUUUAGUCUUUGGAAUGAGCCAGGCAAGUUGCUUCUUCUUCGUUUUCUGUCUGUGUGCUAAGCUAAGCUAACUGUACACCAGGCUGUGGCAGUAGGCAUGAGCGUGGUUUCCAUUCUCUCGUCAAACGAGGACAAACGUGUGUAUUUUCACAAACAUGAAUUGUGUAAAUCAGGAAUUACACAAGCAGAUACACAUCUGUACAGACAGAGACACACUCAGUCUAAUGGAACAGUUUGAUAUAACAACAUGAUGGGCUAAUAUUGACCUUUGAGGACCAUCGCCUCAGUUCUUGUGCGCCAAAAAACUGACCUGUUGAUGGUUAACUACAGUGACUCUCUCUCUCUAUUUGUGUGUGUGUGUGUGUGUGUGUAUGUGAAAGAUGGGUCCUAUAUCAAUCAUUAAAACAUUAAUAUAUAAGGAAAAUUAAAGUAUUUCUAAAAGAAAAAAAAAGAUACCCUUUGUGUAAAUUUUGGUAUUUUAGCUGUUUUUAUUCUGAAUUCACAGAAUACCUGAUGAGAUCAAUUAUUUACGUAUCUGUCUGGGGCUAAGGUUCAUUCUCAUGGCGGGUGAGUAUUCUUUGGUCCCAUAUCUUCACGGGUGUUUCUGCCACCAUAACAGUGAUAACAGUAUUUGUAAAGGUCUGUAUAUGGCAUGGAUUUCUGCCCAUGUUUAUAUUAUGGACUAAAUGUCCUUCAAGGUGUCCUUGUUGAAGACACAUAUGUCUUUGAGUCAGCAGGUUCUGGGCUCGAUGGAUGUAUGAAUAUGUGCUUGAUUUGCUACAUAUAUGUAUCUGCGCGCAGGUAUGUUUUUUUUUUGUAUGAAUAAAAUAUUUGUCCCUUAUAAAAGUCUGCAAAAGCCUUUAAACUGGUUCCUGUCUGGGGCUGAAGUCCAACCUGUCUAGCACACAUUACCUGCUCUAUUUUAUCUGUCUGACGACUGUUUUUCUUCACCUUAUGUUAAGAGCAGGAGCUCUUUCUUAUGAAUAAACGUUCUAAAGCGGU